CUUGAUUUAGCACAAGAAACCAAGCGCUCUCCCUCUCUCUCUCUCUCUCUGUUUUUUAUUUAUUUAUUUAAAUUUAUAGAAUGGAGUGCUCCUUGAGUUCCAAAGCAGGAAUUUUCUAAAGUUGGGUGGGUAAUAAGAUGAGAUCUCAUGGAAGCGGAAAAAGCAAGUUGUUGUGUUUUUGUUGGGUACUAUUCCCCAAACAUCAAACUCUCUCUCUCUCUCUCUUUACUUGGCGAGGGGGAGGGAUUUGGGAGACAAGGAACCUAUAGAAAGAUACUUGGCUUCCCAAAGAUUUCGUGUUUCUAAAUAAUCUACAUACCAUCUUUAUUCAUUACCUGUGAGAACCUUCUAAAACAGCCUUAAACCCCUCUCUCGGGCUCUGCAUCCGUAUAUGAUUGCAAGUGAAUCUAAAAUCUUAUAUCCCUCGCCUUUUCUUUUAUUACCUUUUAAUUAAGACCCAAGUAUUUUUUUCCCCCCCACCCACAUAUAAGCCUAUAUCUACUCACAAUGUGGCAUUGUGUGAAGGGGAGGAUCGCCACCAGAUCAUCAGUUCGAGAGACAAAGAAAAGCAAUAUGGGUAGCUCUCGUGCCGCUUGCAGGCUUCUAGUGCUGCUCCUGCUCGUUUCUAUAGCUCUUGCUCCUUACAAAGCCCUCGGCCUUAGAAACUUGGACCUUGCUCUGAGGAGAGGUGCAGCUGAGGAGCCUCGUGAUGCUAAGGAAGCUGAUGUUGUCGGCUUCGACGCGAAGAAGGGAUCGGAAGCGCCUUCUCCUUCGUCGUUCGAUCUAAAUGGGACGAGCAAGAGACGAGUCCGGAGAGGGUCUGAUCCGAUCCAUAACAGGUGUUGAUGGCGAGCCGCAAAUGCUUUUUUAAGUUUCAGAAUAUUUUGAGGGGGGUACAAGCUGGUUGUAUUGCUUUGAGAUAUAUAGUUGGUUUUCUUCAUUUGGGUUGGUGACCAUCUUCUUGUUUCAUUACUUGGGGGGGAGUUUUUGUUAUAGAGGAAAUUUGUACAGAGGUUUCAAAGGGAAGGUUGAUUAUGGAGGAACUCUGAGACAACUUUCUCUGAUUUGCUAUUUAGAUUCAGAUCAAAAUGGCGCAGAGAGGGUCAUGGAAGAGAGAUUACAACGAUUAGUUUGUUCUUUUUUUAUGCCUCAGGUGGAAAAUUUUAUACAUAUGUGCAAGUUAUAGUGAUAUUGUAUUUUGUUUU